AAGACGCACACGCAUUCAUGGCUUCCCAGAACCUAAAACAUCGUGCUACUAGUACUAGUGGAGAGGACGCCGGCGUCGGCACCGGCGCCGGCAUGUCCAACGAAAGCAAACGUUAUAGAAACAUGGGCAUGGCCAAACGUGGCCUUAGGUCACUGGCCAUGGCGGUUUCGGUCCCGCUUUCUCUGACCCUCAUAAGCAUUUACAUCGGCUCAAGCCACAGCCAUGGCAGUUUGCCAAAGUCCUUCUGGUUCUUACCUCUGUGGGCACUACACAGUCUACACGUGACGUGCAUGGCUUCAAGUUUCUUGAUGGGUGUGUCGGCUUGGCUUGUCUGGGCGGAUGGUGGCUUCCAUAGGAACCCAACGGCGCUGUCUCUUUACUUGGCUCACCUCUGCUUGAGCUUGGUUUGGAAUCCGGUUGUUCUUGGGGCGGGAGCGACUCGGGUCGGGCUGGUUGUGUGUUUGGCGAUGUUUGGUGCUCUAACUAGGUGUUAUCGGAUCUUUAAGGAGGUGAAUCCGACUGCUGCUGAUCUGGCUAAACCUUGUUUGGCAUGGACAGCGUUUUUGUCCAUUCUAAACCUUAAGCUUGUUUUUGUUUGAAAGUUCAGUACUUUUUUUUUUCGUAUUUAGUGAGUGUUGAAUAUUUAAAAGAAGCGGAAAAGAGACAGAUAUAUUGCUGUUUGAUUAAUUUUUUUUAAU